AUGAGAUGGGGUGAUGCCCCCUACAACAUUAUGCAUUCACAGGAUGUGCCUCCUAAGCAUUAUAGGCACGAUGAAGGGGCAAAAAAAAAGUUCACCACUGUAGGUAGCAAGAAAAGAAGUCCGCGUGAAGGAUGUUGCAAGUCUGCACGAGACAACAUCUACCUCGUCGUAGCUAAAUUUUUUGUUUUUGUUUCUUUAGCAUGGAUGCUAUGCAAGCUCAGCAAUUGCUCUGCAUGUAUAACACCGAAUGAGGAACACCAUUCGGGGAACCAAGCACAUUUUCCAUCGGAGGGACGAUCACUAUCAUCAUUUGGAGCAGCAUAUGAUGGAAGCGACGAUUCUCUGUGCAGUAAGAUUACCGACUCGUUGUGUGGUGGAAGUACCGAUUCGUUGAUGAGUGGAGGUAUCGCUUCACCGCUCAACGGAAGUACCGAUUCGUUGCGCAGCGGAAGUUCCGCUUCACCGCUCAAGGGAAGCAUCGAUACGUUGCUGAGUGGAAGUUCCGCUUCACCGCUCAAGGGAAGCAUCGAUACGUUGCUCAGCGGAAGUUCCCCUUCACCGCUCAACGAAAGCAUCGAUUCGUUGCUGAGUGGAAGUUCCGCUUCACCACUCAACAGAAGCAUCGAUUCGUUGCUGAGUGGAAGUUCCGCUUCACCACUCAACAGAAGCAACGACUCGCUGCAGCGCGAUGUGAUCAGAGCCAAUCAACACUUGACACUGUACUACAGAAUAGCCAACUCAAAGAAGCUACAGAAGCUGCUUGACAACAUAUUAAGAAGGGUAAAGAAAAACAAAAUUUUCAGAAAAAUUAUGGACAAGGCAAAAAAGAUAUGGAACAGUAAGCCGAUGAAAGUAGUCAGAUUUGUAGUCCCCUUUUUGCCAAUGAUUUCCAUGAUAGUGGCUGCAAUUACCACGUUGUGCAUGGGACUCAAU